GUCUUUGGUGCGUUUUCGAGCUUGCGGCGUACAAAAAAGUGAAUCCAGAUGGAAGGAUUACCUUUAGGCCGCUGUUCAUCGAGCAGGCUGUGUUGACAAUGAUGUUAUGCUCGUAUUUGUUCUCCUUUCUCUGCUUGUUUACACGGGAUAUCUCUUACGACAACGUGAUCGUGCUGCUCUUGAUUUUUGCUGUGCCCUUUCCAUUAGCUAUCUACGUUUUGAGAAUGAAUUUUCGACAGAAGCAUCAGCUUCUGCACCAGCUUGACAACUUCGAUCUGGAUACUGUGAAGUGUUCUCAGCAAUUUGAUAGAGAUUUCAUCCUUGCUGCCAUUGAGAAGUGGUACGGCAGCAAACAGGCUUUCGUCGACUUCGUGCGUCAGGACUUGAAGUAUGAGCUUGAGAAGUCACUUUCUCGCACGCGGCUUCCGAACCAAUACCUCCUGCUGCUGCUCACGCCGGUCCUCAGCCUGAGCGCUGAGUUCUUUCUGGCAGCCUGGAAGGGUGGUGCCCCUUCCGAUGCGUUACUCUCCUUUGCCGUUGGGAUUCUCCUGGGCUUUGACGUUUUCUUUAUUUGGGCAUCCAACUUGCUUAUGGUCUACCUUUGCGACGUCUUGGCUCCUCGCCGCUUCGGCCGCCUGGACCACCUGCAGACCGUUUUUAUCAUGGUCCUAAUCGUCGCCACCCUUUAUGUCGGAUCUGUAGAGUCUGCGCGGGCAUACCAACGCAGCCUCGCUGGUGCCUUUGUUUUCCUGGGGGUCUCGGUGCUCUCAGCAGCUUGCAUGAGCUGGUUGGAGGGACGGUCAGUUGCCAGCCUCCUACGUUACUGCCGACGUGCCCGCAGACAUGCGGAGGCGGAAUUCGGUCCUGAGCAAUAA